AUUUAUUUUGACACAAUUUUCGAUAUUCCAAUAUAUUUAGUCUCACCAAAACAGUUCCCCGAUACUGAAGGAUACUAAUACUAACCGGUAUCCUUACUUAAACAAAUUAAAUCUAUUGUUCCAUAAAACCGUAAAAAUUUACACUGAGGAUACCGAUUAAUUAACCUUUUUCACUGUAAAAACAAACGAAACAGCACAUCCUUUUCAAUGACACCAAUCUAGCGUAAAAUUUCAGACAGGAUAUCGAAUUUUAAAGGUUACACUCUUCAAUGACCUGCGAUAUAAAAAUUGUAUUUGCAGUAAUUCGGAGUUUUUUGUUAGAGUAGUAGGAUUGCAGUCGUUCAAAUGAAAUGUGGAGUCUGAUUGUGUUUUUAAUUGUUUAUCAUUUUUGUUCACGUCUAUCGGAUGCUACAGGCAUUCCUGUGAUUAUUCAAAGUGGAAUGGUGAAAAAUGGUGGGCAGUUCGAAGAUGCUAGUAAUUCUGCUCUUUCCUUACAAAAAGGUGUGACCAAUUUUGAUGGAAACGAAGGCUUCAACAAAUUGUAUGAAAAGAAGUUAUUAGAUUCGGCAUUGAAUACGCGUUACGGGGAGCAAAGUAACGUAAAAAAUGACCAUUUAGAUGCUAAACAUUACAAUACAGGGAUAAUGUUUAAUAAAAACGGCGUGGAAGGGACUAAUUUAGAGGAUAAGGUCCAGCACAAAAAAGGACACCAUAAAAACGGUUUUCAUAAUUCUUAUCACAAGGACGAAGUCGGAAGCAAUUCCAGUUUUUAUGAUGACGGGGACAGUGAGGGUGGACAACAUGUUUUCAAAAACAAUCAAGGUACCUACGCAAAUGCCCUCGAAGACAGCAAGAGAGGCGAUCAUUUAGACAGUUCUUCCUACAACAAUGAAAGAGGCAACCAAGGGCACUACGUGAAUGGGGAAAACUACGCACACGAUGCGAACAAUCUACAAAACCACAAUCGCAAGCAAUAUUACGAUGACAGAAGGAAUGACGACAGAAGAAAUUCCGGAAGAAGAUACGGUGAUCAAAAUAAUUACAACGGUGAAACUUAUUACAAUAAACCUUAUAUACCGAGUGGUCAUCUUGAUUCACCAAGAAGGCGAAUUACUAUUUACGAAGAUCCUAGAUAUGAAGCGCAUCCGAAUCAACGUUAUACCGAUGAUUACGUUGAACUAGAUGUCAGACCAGCGAGAAAUAAUCAUUUCAAUAGGCCACCACCGCUGGAUUAUUUUUAAAUUUAUUUAAUAUUAAGUAUUUUAUUGUAAAAACAAGAGUUGAU